AUGAAUUUCAAGGAGGCAGACACCGUUUUAGAUCUUAAGAAUAUCAGAGACGAGCUGGUUCGAAUGGAGGACACCAUCAUCUUCAAUUUUAUAGAGAGAUCGCAUUUCCCCAGUUGUCCAGUAGUGUAUGCAAAGGAUCAUCCUGGAUUGCCUCUUCCAAACUUCGACGGAUCAUUCCUGGAUUGGGCGUUAUUGCACAUGGAGAAGGUGCAAUCGCAGCUCAGAAGAUUCGAAUCGCCUGACGAGACCCCAUUCUUCCCCGAAGAGAUCUUAAAGCCCAUUUUGCCGAACAUCAAUUAUCCUCAGGUUUUGGCUUCUUAUGCGCAACAGAUCAAUUAUAAUGCUAAGAUCAAGCACAUUUACGAGGAAGAAAUUGUGCCAUUGAUCUCGAAAUAUGAAGGAGACCAGUCUGAAAAUUACGGCUCAAUUGCCACAACGGACAUUGCUUGCUUGCAGAGCUUGAGCAGACGUAUUCAUUUCGGCAAAUUUGUCGCUGAGGCUAAAUAUCAGAAUGACAAGGAGUUGUAUCGUAAGCUCAUCAGAAAUAAGGACGUUAAUGGCAUAAUGCAGAAUAUUACCAAUGCUGCCGUCGAAGAGAAGAUCUUGGAGAGGUUGACUACCAAAGCAGACGUUUAUGGGGUUGAUCCUACCAACAAGGAAGGUGACAGAAGAAUCACCCCUGAAUAUCUUGUCAAGAUUUAUAAAGAAAUUGUCAUUCCUUUGACGAAGGAGGUAGAGGUGGAAUAUCUCCUGAGAAGACUCGGCGACGACGCCUGA